CUGUGGUUUUCCUGCUAGCUGGGGAAUACUUCGACUACUGGAUAAAUGCCUCAUAACUAUUGUGGAUGACAUAUUAGAGAUGCAUGAUUUGAUACAGGAAAUGGGUCAAAACAUUGCUCGGCGUAAAGGUAGAAGAUUGUGGAAUUCCAAAGACAUCUUUCAUAUGUUGUCAACUAAAAUGGGAAUGAAAAAAGUUGAAGGCAUUUUCUUGGACAUGUCUGAAUUAGGAAAGAUACACUUGGGUCAUGUAGCCUUUCCACAGAUGCAUAACUUAAGAUUGCUCAAAUGUUAUAGGCCUCAGAAUUGGUCAGAAAACAAAAUUAUAGGCUCUACAUCUGAAUCUAGUGAACCAAGUCAUCUUCUGCAUCUCUCCAAUAAGUUGAGUUUACUUCAUUGGGAUGAAUACCCUUACAAAUCUUUACCAUCUAAUUUUUUAAUGGAGAACCUUGUUGAAAUCAACAUGCAAGGCAGCAAAGUUGAACAACUUUGGAAUGGACGUAAGUGUCCUCAACAAUUAAAACGGCUCAAUCUUUCUGAAUCCGUGCACCUGAGGAGGCUCCCAAAUCUCUCUUCAGCAACUGAGUUGGAGUGGAUAAGUCUGCAGGGAUGUGAGAGUUUGCUAGAGAUUCCUAUGUCGAUUCAAUGCCUGCAAAAACUUGUUUGUCUUGAUCUACAAGGGUGCAAGAAGCUGAGGAGUCUUCCAAACCUUGUCCGGUUGAAAUCUCUUAAAGAGCUUUCACCCUCUUAUUGCUCAAAUUUGAAGAUGCUUCCUGAGAUUCCAAUUGGCAUAGAAGAGUUGGAACUGGAGGAUUGUGGAUUGAAGGGCUGCCCUCAUCUGUUCCAUUUCUGGAAGAUAUUUAUAUUUUAAAGUUGAGGAAUUGCGAAAACCUUUUAAGUCUUCCUAGAAGUUUUCAUUUGAAAAAUGUUGAUGCACUUGAUCUCAGUGGUUGCUCGAAUCUCACCAAGUUACCAGAGAUUAUAGGAGAUUUAAAAGUAUUACUGCUAAACAAGACUGCAAUAGAAGAAUUGCCCUCAUCAAUAAGAUCAUUUUCUUCUCUUGUUGUGUUGAAUAUGAAGGGAUGUGAAAAUCUCAAGAACCUUCCAAGCUGCAUUUGUGACAUGAAAUUCCUUCAAAUGCUUAUUCUUAGUGGGUGCUCAAAACUUGGGAAGUUGCCUCCUUUAUAUGGUUUGUGCUCUUUAAGAGAGCUAUAUGUUGAUGGCACUGCACUUGUAGAAAUCCCCAUUGACAUUUACGCUGCAGAAUGCCUUCACAGACUUGUUCUUAGUGGGUGCUCAAAACUUGCAAAAUUGCGGCCUCUACAUGAUUUUUCCCAUUUAAUGUUGUCAUAUCUUGAUGGCACUGUACUUAUAGAAAUCCUCAUUAAGAGAUUGAAUGGUAGAAGAUCGACUAUUGUAAUGUGCCACAAGAGACUCCAUGCAUUGCCGUUAAAUUGUACACUAAUGGACACUGCAGGAUCAUACAUUGUCCCCAUUGCA